CCGUAUGUGCGUGACGUGUCUCAAUCCCGGAAUUCAGCAGCGCAGGAACUCUCGAGCUGCGGCAGAUUGAUUCAUCAUAAACAUCAUACAGAGAACACAAUAAAUCGUGAUGGUGACUGACGUACAGCUGGCCAUAUUCGCCAACAUGCUGGGCGUUUCGCUAUUCCUGCUGGUGGUUCUGUAUCACUAUGUGGCUGUGAACAACCCGAAGAAACUGGAGUGAGACUGAGAGGAUGUGAAAGGCCUCGGCGGAGGAGGAGAACCGGAGGAGGAUCCAGCCUGUAAAUCUGCGUUUUGUAUGGAAAUCAUGGGAAUAAAUGGUCAAAGUGC